UCAAGAUGGUGGAUAAAAAAUAAAAAUUGACAUUUUGCACAUAAAUUUUAGAUUUUUCACCCCAAUGUGACCUGUUAACUCUUACCAUGGCACGUCUAGUGCUUUCCUUAUUGGUGCUACUUCAAAUCUGGCUGAUCUCGGAAAGUCAGCUAGUCGUGAAUGUGAAGAAUGGAGGGGGUGAAAUCGUUCAUGAGACAAUCAAUGCAAACACAACAGAAGACACAAUCAAACUUGAGUUCAAGAAAGCUGAUGGCACAAUCGUUACACAGCUGAUCGACUUCAAAUCGGAGUUCCAGAUCUUCAAAGUGAUGGUCCUUGGAGAAGAAGAGCGCGGUCAGACACAGCCACAAGUCCUGUGUUUUGUUACAAGAUUUAUCAAGAAUGAGUUUAUUUCAUCUGAUGCCAUGUCAAAGUUGAGACAGAAAAAUCCAAGUGCUGUGAGACAGCCUGAGGACAACAAAGGCUCAGAAACACACUUCCAAGAUAUGCCACUAGAUGUCGACACUGGAGCUCGUCAUAUUACUCCCCACCUUCAAACGAGUUGUCACGAUGCACGAGACGCCACCUAUACUAAGGAGGCAGAUCUCAGGGUGGUUGCUCGGCAAACCGGACGAUCGGCCACACCGAUGCUCGGAGCAAGAAAAUACAUCCCGGCCAAACAGUCACGCUGUAAAGACAUUGCAAAUCUGUGGCUUCCGUGCACGUGUCAGACGCAAGUUUGUAUCGGUUGGUACCCAUGCGGCUUGAAAUAUUGUCGCGGGAAGGAUCAGGCGGGAAAACCUUUCAGUUACAGGUGCGGUAUAAAAACGUGCCGGAAGUGUAGACUUUUCGAAUAUGCUGUGAAGUUCAAACAUUACUGCUUGUGGGACAAUUGAAGAACGACUCAUGACAUUUUCUAGUGCACAUGACAGUUCUGUAUUUAUACCUCAUGGUUUUGAUUACAAUAAUUUAGGAUGUUUUGGAUAAUUAUGAUUCUUCUGUCUUUGUCAAGAUGGCCAGUAUAUUAUAUGAAGCAGAUGAAACGCUGCAUAAAUCGCCUUAUUAAGCCUUUAACAGUAGUGGGCCCUCUUAAGAGUAGAAUACUUUGAAUGAAAGGGUGUUACAAUUAGUAUUAGAUACGGCCAAGUUUGACAAAUUUUAUAAAAAUCAUUAUUUUCAGACUGAAUUUGUUAGAUGCACAGAAAAAUAUGCAUUUCCACGGUCUCAUUUUUAGUGACGAACUGACAGCACACUUUCCUACUGCCAUUUUUUUCCUUUUAAAGUCGGAGAUUGAAUGUGGCAUAAAGUAAUCAAAAGGUAAACAAAUAAAAAUUGGGAUAAAGGUGUGGGACUGAUAUAAAAUAGAGCCCAGACUGGGCCUAAAUCUGUCAUGGGCGAAUAUAUGUAAAUAUCUUGGGUAAAGAAUACCGGACCAUGAUUUAGACAUAUCAAGAAUGAAUCAGGUCGUUGAACAAUUACUUUUUUUAAUGUUUACACGGUGCUCAAUAUUGGAUUGAAUUACAAGUGAGAUUAUCUCUCUUAACCCUCAAGGACUGGCGCUCGCAAGAUUGUAACUUGAAAGGUGAGAGACAUAGUCUUGAGUGGUUUAGGGGGGACUUAGAAAUUUAGGGUAACAGUGCUUCAUUUUUUAAAGCCGAGUAUGUGGACCUACUAAUAUUGAUUUAGAUCUUUAGUAAGGUGUUCUCAUUGAUUUGAAAUACAAACCACAAUUGACACACAAUAAUUCACAUAUAAAAAAUGUUAUGCGCAAUGUACACAUAACUUACCGGCACAUGUAACUGACUCACAACCCUUCACGUAGGUUGCACAGAUGCUCAGACCAUGAUUUACAUAACACUCGUGUGAGCUUUGCCCAACUACGCAGUGGCAGUGGGAUUACCGUUCGAUUAAUUUGUUGGGAUUACACUUUUACAGAUACAAUGUACUUGUGUCUGUCUGAUUAGGGUUGAGAGAUGAUAAUUGAUUAUGCGUGACAUUUUUGAAACAUGAUACUAACAAAUUAUCAAGUAGAAAUAUUGUAUCAUAAAAUAUUAUAUGGCAAAUAUGGUCUCUGUGUGCUUUUCUUAGUAAUAUUUACCAUGUAAUUUUAGUAAAAUGCAUAUGUUUGUAGAUAAAUCAUAAUAUGGGUACAUGUAAAUAGUAUUUGAAAACUUUCUUAUUAUUAUUGUGAAUGUUGUUUUAAUAAUUGUUAUUGUCCCGUACUGUGGAAAUUUUCUCCAUUCAGAGACUCCUGUAAAAUUUUGCAUUGGGGUAUCAAACUUUUUGUAAAUCUCUACAGAUUGUGCAGUGAGGCAUGUUCCUUUUCAAGGAAUGUGCAAACUGUAAUGUUACUAAGUAAAACUCUCAAUGAAAAAUGUGUGUAUUUGUUGCACUGGAAGAUCAUAGUUAACAUGUAUCUGCACACAAUUUGUUAGCAAUAAACCUUUUCU